AUGAGGAGACAGGCGGCCAUCGCCCUCGCCCUUGGCUACGGAGCGGUGUGCUCUCACAUCCACGCUCGCUUCCCCCACAACGUACAGACCGCCUUGCUCCUCGUCACCCUGCCGCUGACGAGCAUCGUUGUGCUCCUGCUCUCCUUUCGUGCCAUCUCAAUCGACGACGCGGUCCACGCUCGCCUCACCCACAAUUACACCGACUACCAGUCUGCGCUACGUGGCAGGGUCAUUCUUAGCAACGACGGCUUCGCCACCUUGGUCCGCAUGCUGCUCGGCCUCAAUGUCAUCACUUCGAUCCCCAUUUUCUGGAACCAGCUUUCGCAGUCGAGCCUCUCCAGCCGCAUCUCGACACCGCUGGCCUACCUCUUUGGCAUCGGCUCGGUCCUGGUGGCUGUCAUGUGCAUCCUUAUGUCCCUCACGCAGCCGCUAAUGAGCGUCAACUUCGACCGCGGCGACUCGAACGACAAGGGCGAUGGGUUCCCACACGAGAUCCCCGACGCCCUCGUACCCAUCAAAGUGCUUUCUGCAUACCUCAUCCGGCACCCUGGCGUCGAUGGUUGGCACAAGGUUGGCACCACUUCAAGGAGGCACGAUGUUCACGCCCGCGUAGACUCUGCCACGCAAAGCUACGAGAUCCGCACCGUUUGGUCGCAGGACCAUCCUGCCAUGGCCGGAAGACCGGCCCCAGGCGCUCCAGCCCUGUCUACAUCGGCCGGUGUUGCCGGAAAGCUGGAUCAGCUCUGA